UAACAGACGCCCUUUGCGUACGGAUACAGGACGCGUGCAGCCAUGGAGCAGCGGGCGAAGGCAAGCGAGGUCGACGGCACGGCUGCCCACCAUGGCGCCCCACGCGAGUUCCUGGGUGCAGACACGGCGGAGAAGCAACGAGGCGGAGGCGACGACGUCGUCAGCGGUGGUGGCGGCGCCGCAAAGCUGGAGAAGGAGGAUGCGAAGGAGAAGACGGCGGCGGAGGGGGUGAAGCCGCUGCCGCACAAGCAGGUUCGGCAGCCCAGCGAUGUGUACAACCCGGAGCUCGAGCGCCUCUGAGCUGAAGCUCAUUUAUGUACCGAGUAUUAUGUUGCUUGCAUGCCCUUGGUUAAUCGUAAGCUAAUAUACUUCGAGAAUUUUAUCGCUGUUUUGCUAA